AUGCCCAAUUUUCAAGUCUCGUCGCCUUAUUCCUCCUUGCCAUAUCGUCCCUUCGUUCGCUUCCCCCGCCUUCCCGCCCUCCCUUCAGAAGACCGCCCGCUAGCAGCACCAGGCUUCAGCAGCAGCGCCGCCGCCGUGGCCGCGCUCGCGAGGGACGCGCGCAUCACCGCCGUCGUCGUUCUCGAGGAGGAGGGGAGCUACGGCGCGCGGGGCACGGGGUGGGAGGAGGAGAAGCGGGCGCUGCAGGACGCGGGGCUGGUCGCCGUGUGGGUGCCCAUUCGCGAAACCGACUCCGCGGAGCAGGCAGCCAUGCUACCACAGGCAGUGCGCGUGGUGGCGGCUCUGACAGCCAUGGGCCACAGAGUGCUGCUGCGCUGCCCCUCCGCCGCCCGCCUCUCCCCACUCAUCGCCCUCGGGUAUCUGGUGCUGGCCAAGGGCAUGCCUGUGAGCGCUGCACUGGCGGUGGUGAAGGAGAGCAGGCCCAACGCCGACCCGCCCGUCAACGUGCUCAUGGAUGCGCGGGAGAGGCUGCUAGCGGGAAUGACGUCGCGGGUGAUAACGAUAGCAGAGGCCAUCUACCACACGCGCUGCACCACAGGGCAGCACGGCGACUCACAGUCCGACUGGGCGCAAGCGCAAGAGCAGUGCUCGCGAGAGCUCUUUGACAAGUGGCUGCUCGCUGACGUCAGCUUUGCCCGCUCUGUUGCUCAGGAAGCGAAUGCCAGGGUGGAGACCUUAUCUGUCCAGCUGGCAGAGGCGCGUGAGUGGCUCGCUGAGCUGGAGGCGUCCAGCAGCCAGGUCCUUGCUGACGUGGCGUCACGGACGGCUGAGAUCGAAGCGCUGAAACGCAGAGAGGCCCUCUGGGAGGAGGAGUUGGAGGCAGCUAAGGUGAAAGAGAUGGCAAUGCGGGAACAGCUGAGAGUGAAGCAGACGGGGGGGGUGCAGCAGGUGCGCGUGUUGGGCGAGGUGGAGGAGGAGAUUUCUGCUCUGAGAUUAAAGGUGGCAGAGGGAGAGGAGAGGAACGCUGAGGUGGAGAAGGAAAUUGGGGAGCUUCGGGCACAGGUUGACGAGGCAAAGGGGCAGCUUAGGAAUGAACGAGCAGUGGCAGAGGAGGCAGAGGAGAGAGUAGCAGCGGCGAACGAGAAAGUGCGGGAGGAGGUUGAGCGGGCAGCACGGGCGCGGGCGGCGGCGUGGACGGCAGCGCAGGAGCGGAGGGCAGUGGUGCAGGAGCUGGCGGUGGUGCGCACGGGGCGGAAAGAGGCGGCGGCGCGGGCGGCGGCGGAGAGAAUAGAGGAGCUGCAGGUGCAGGCGGGGCUGCUGGCAGAACGGGUGAAGCAGGCUGAGGUGGUUAGCGUGGAGGCUGACAGCCGUGCCGGGGCGCUGGAAGCACAGAUGGCGGUGCUGGUGUCUCGAACGGCAGCAGCACAGCAGAGAGCGAGUGCAGCAGCGGCGCGAGUGACGUUCCUGAGUGGGCGAUUCAACUCGCUUGAGAUGACGGCUGCUGAGGCCGCUCGCAGGGCGGAGCGCGUGGAGAGCGAGGUGCUUCACCUGCGGGGGCGGGACGCCGACGCUGCUGCUGCUGUGGCUGCCAAUGCUGAGGCUAUCAGCCGCUUGUCGCUGGAGGUAAGCCGCUUGUCGCUGGAGGUAAGCCGCUUCUUUCCGGAGUUCCUUUCCUGCUCCCUCUCGCCCUCCCCACUUGGCACUUCUUUCACCACUGCCCACGUGCUUCUCUACCUCCCCCCUCUUCUCAUCUCUACUCCACUGCCCUCCCCCUGCUACUCCGCCUGUCACCUGAGACGCCCAAGCCGCCCUGUCAGCGCACCUGCCAGCGGCGCAGCAGCAGACCAAAACGCUGCGAGCGCAUUACGAUGCCACCCUCACUGCCUCCCCUCCGCGCCACACUACCCCUGCUCGCCCCCUCUGUGCCUGCUUCUCGCCCCCCAGGCCAUGCAUCUCAAGGACAGCGAGGCGGCCCAAGCCCAGCGGGAAGCAGCCCUGUCAGUGCACCUGCCGGCGGCACAGCAGCAGGGCGAGGAGCUGCGGGCGCAGGCUGCCGCCUUCUCCGUCCAGCUGGCAGCCAUGGCGCGCCACGUCACCGGGCUCAAAGCUGAGCUGGACUGGGUGGACGCGCACGGGCGGCGGCGCGAGGCAGGCUCAGCACUCUCGGCACUCUCGGCACUCUCAGGGGAGCAUGGCACAGAUGCGGAGGAAGCAGGGCGGAGCUGGAGCCUGUCUUUGGACACAGACGCCUCUUCCCUCAGCACUCUCAGCCCUCUGGGCCCUCUGAAUCCCCUUGCGGCGCUGGCGCCGCUGGCAGCGGUGGCGGAUGCGGCACAGAGCGUGGCGAGUUCAGUGGGGGUGGAGGUGGGAGGAGGAGGGGGCGGGGGUGCGGAGGGGAAUGAGGAGUGGGUGCGGAGGGAGGUGGGCGUGCAGGGCGCAGCGGUGGCGGCGGAGGGUGAGCUGGAGGGACAGAUGGAGGGCGUGGAGGACCCUCUGGAGCUGCUCAAGGUGCUAAUGGACCGGGUGUCGGAGGAGGCAUCAGCCAUCACGCAGCGCAGCGCGCACCUGGUCUCCGAGGCGCAGCAGCUGAGGGAGGAGCUGGACGCACAGCUGGCAGAGCAGGACGCCGCCUGCCAGGUGGACGGGCGGCCGCUGCGGGAGGUGGUGGGGGAGGUGGAGCAGCAGGCGGCGCAGCAGCGGGAGGAGCUGCUGCAGCAGGCGGGCGCACUGCAGUGGGCGCUGGGGGGGUCGCUGGCGCUGGCGGUGGUGGCGCCGCUGGCCAUUUACAACAGCUACUUUUCUGAGACUGCCCGAUCCAACCAGAUCAACACGCUCUCUGCACAGCUGGAUGCAGCCACACAGGCCAGCAGGGCACUGGAGCAGGUAGCAGGGGAGACCGAGGCAGAGAGCGUGGAGGCAAUGGCGAGGUUACACGCCAUGGAAGCAGAGGUGGAGGCCCAGCGCGCCGCCGUUACACGGUUACAAUCGCUCGUGCCCCUCGUGGCUCCCUCGGUGGAGUCUGACGAGGCUGCCCGGUUCUGCCAGAACGUGCCGCAGGAGUUCCAGUCACCGAUCACGGAGCAGAUUUGCGAUGGGCUGAGGCAGAGUGGCAGGGUGGAGGCCAAGAGGGGUGAUGGUCCGUCGGGUGGCAAUGGGGCGGCACAAGGAGGGCGGUUUGGGUUCAACAACCCUUUCAAUCUCGGCUGGAAGCGGUGGUGA